GGUAGCGGUUGUUUUUGUUUUCUCGGUUCCGCUGAGAGCGUUUCAAAAUCCUGCUCAUUUUUUCUCCUGUCGUCGGAAAUAAACAUCAAGUUUACCAAAGACAUUGCUUGACACGACAUCGAAGCCGAUUAAAUGGGUGCCACCGAGAGCACAGAGGGAGAAAGGGAGCCCCUGCUCGUUCCAACUCAGACAGAGACUAGCAUACAGCCUGUCUACAGCAGAGUCUAUGGGCGAAGAUGGCUGGUACUGACCCUGUUUUCGUUGUGUGGGUUCAUGCAAGGAAUGGUAUGGAACACUUGGGGACCAAUACAGAUAUCUGCCAAGCAGGCGUUCAGUUUUUCCUCGACAGACAUCGCAGUUCUGGUCCUGUGGGGACCCGUGGGCUUCUUGCCUUGGCUGUUGUUUAUGUGGCUAAUGGACAAAAAGGGUCUGAGGGCCUCUCUACUGCUCUCCGCCUUCUUCAUGAUGAUCGGCUCAGCCAUGCGCUCGGUGCCCGUCAUAGACCUGCAGCUUAGGAGAUGGUUGAUCCACGGUGGCCAGCUCCUGAACGGCCUGGCCGGCCCCACCAUCAUGAGUGCCGGCCCCUUGCUCUCCACCACCUGGUUCGCCCCUGACCAGCGCGCCACCGCCACCGCCGUGGCCUCCCUGGUCUGCUACCUGGGCUCCGCCUGCUCCUUCCUGAUUGGCCCGCUGAUGGUGCCGGCGCCCAAUGGGACGCAGCACAGCGCGGUGGGCACGGUGGUCUACAGCACGACGUUCUCCGCCGACACCAACUACAUCAGGGACAGAAUACAGCUGGUCCUCUACUCAGAGUUUGGUAUGAUCGCGGUGCUGUUUGCCAUGGUGCUGCUGUACUUCCCCUCGCGGCCCCCUCAGCCCCCCAGUGUGGCAGCUGCCAGUCAGAGACUCAGCUACCGCAGCAGCAUAUGCAGACUGCUGAGCAAUGUCCGAUUCCUGAUGAUCGCCCUGGCCUACUCAGUUCCUACGGGGGUGAUUGCAGGCUGGUCAGGUGUCCUGGAUAUGAUCCUUACCCCAGCCAACAUCAACCAGGUGGACGCUGGCUGGGUGGGAUUCUGGUCCACUGUCGGAGGCUGCGUGUUUGGAGUGGCAAUGGCCAGGUUUGCUGACUCCAUCCGAGGGAUGCUGAAGCUGAUCCUGGUGCUGAUGCUGGCGGGCGCCUGCCUCUCAGCCACCUGGUUCACACUCACCUGCCUCACCAGGCUCACACACCUGCCCUCCACCAAAGCUACCCUGUACACCUCGUGUAUCCUGCUGGGCGUGUGCAUCAACAGCAGCGUGCCCAUCUUCUUUGAGCUCUUCAUUGAGACGGUGUACCCGGUGCCCGAGGGCAUCACCUGUGGAGUGGUCACCUUCCUGGGGAACCUCUUCACCGGCCUGCUGCUCUUCUUCCUCACCUUCUACUUCACAGAUACAUCCUGGUUGAACUGGUGUCUGACGGGCUCCUGUGUCUUCAGCCUCAUCCUCGUUCUCAUGUUCCGAGAGUCCUACGACCGCCUCUACAUGGAUGUCUUUGUGUCUGUCUGAGCAGUGGAUCGAUUUUACACAAGGAGGAUGGGAGCCCCCCCCUUUUUUAAAAAAAAGAAGAAAGAAGAAGAAAGAAUGAAUGAUGAAGAGAUGGACUGGAAAACUGUUUUGUUUUUAGCGCCGAAUUGCACAAAGAAGAGGAAACUGAAUAGAAACAGCAGGACAUGGCGCUGUGUCUCUGUUCCUGGUUUUUAAUCGACUUCAACCUUGUGAGCGGACAUGCUGCGUGGGUGUGAUGUUCUUGUUGUUGUCGUUGUAAGCAUAUGUAACAACAUUGACCGUUGCUUUUUUGUGUGAUAUCGAUUGUGAUGACAAGGGAGGAAAAGACGAGCUGCAAGUCGUCGACUAGCAGUGUCGAUUAGCGUAGACGUCUUACCAACACUGAGAUUUUUUUUCUCUCUCUCUGUCUUGAUAUCGUUUUAUAAUUAUUAAUGUUAUAGUUUUAUAUAUAAAUAUUAUGUAAAUGUAAAUAUAUAAACAUGAUGAUGAAGGUGAUGACGGUGUCACCUGCAGGUUUUGGCAUGAGGGACUUCAGUUGUUUACAAUGUUCUUUUGUAUUGGGCGAAAGGUGGAAGUUUGUUUCAUUUUUUAUUGCUUUUGUUUGUUUGUUUAAGUCAUAGUUGAAGUACGUAGUAGACAGACCCACUGGUGCCCCCUACUACCACAUAACUAUGUUAAGUCACGCUGCUGAUGAUAUCGACACAGUCUCAAAGCCCCCCCACUCCAUCAUAUGUUGACAUGAUGGCCAAGUCUCAAUGUACUGCCAUGCAAUAUACUGACAUGGCCGCCACAUCAUGACUAACAAGGCUGCCACUGUUACAAGCAGGUUUCAGUGACGGUUAAGUGCAAAUUAAGGUUUACACUAGGUGAAGGAUUAGACAACCUGGCCUUUUGAGUCAUAAUGCGACCCAAAAGAGGGGACAUUUAAAGUCCAAAACUGUAUUGAGCCUUGAGCAUAUGUACUUUUGGCCGCAUACAUUGACGCACCCUGUGUGAGACUGGGUUGGAUAAUAUAGACCGCCACACAUCCUGCCCAUGGAUGGUGGCACCAUGGUAACCAGGUAGCACUCCAUGGCCUCUGCUACCCAUAACCUCUGUUGCUGAGGAACGGUUCCUGGGGAGGUGCUGGUGGUGCUGGAGAGCUUUUAACGACCUGUGAGCCAAUUAUUUUAAUGGCAUACGGCUCCAAGUUCAGCUCCCCUUCCUCCCACUGCCCUCUUUUACCAAAAUGGUCAAAUGUGGACCCUUUCCGAUUCCCAGCUGUGUGAUGCUGGGCUGGAAAUUAGGUUAGUCGUGAUUGGCUGAAGUUGAGGGGAAGUUAUUUUUUCCCCAGUAACAUGGGCUAUGUUCGGACAUGGACUUACACUUGACUUGGCUUGACUCUCACUUGAACAUGCAGGCAUCCAACAGCCUAUUUAGUUUUAUUUAUGUUUUUUUUUUGUUCUGCUAAGAUUAAUUAUGAGUUAGACGUUUUAACAUUUCCACUGGAACAGGGACACCAGUGAACUACAAAACCUCACCAAUGCACCACUGUAGUAGGGUUUGAGAUGACAUUUCACAUGAUGCUAGUUACUAGUCGUGGAACUUUUUCUCUGCAACCUCUCCGGUUCUCAAUGAAGCCUAACCUUAAACUUGUGCCAAGCAUGUUAUAAACUGUUUUUUUAAUAUGUAUAUAUAAUGAAACUCAGUUUUGAUACAUUUUGCUGUACUUGUUCAUACCGAUGUUUAUUUAUUCAAGGGAUUACAAACACUAAUUCUGCCAGAGUAAUUCUGUGGAUAACAAAAGGACUGUUAAAUUUUUCAACACACCAUGAGGACUGUGUAUGUCUAUGACAAAGGACCCGCUCCGUUCAACACAAAGAGCCAGCCAGUCUGCUCCAAGUAGCACAGAUGACCCUGCUGUGACCGCAAUGCACAGAGUUCACCAGCAGGGCGCGCUGUGUCCAGCAAACCAACCAAUGAACCAACCACCCUUCACCUUCAGCAGCGACUUCAACCUCUCUUGCUCAUGUCCCCUGUCACGUCAAAGCAUCUGAUGAGCCUUGAGGCUUCUUUCUUUUUCUUUUUUGUGUGCGUUGAGGGAAUUCCUCCUGUAAGCUGUGACCUCGAUUCAUUGAUGAGACUUUUCGUGUGUGUGUGUGCGUGUGCGCGUGCGCUUGCGUGCGUGCGUGCGUGCGUGCGUUCUUGCGUGCGUGUGUGCGCACGCAGAGACUUUUUCGAGGUGUACCCCCUGCUGUCCUUUGGAUCCUCUAUUAAGUUGUUUAACCAGCUCCCCCAUUCCAUCAUCUCCCCAUAGACACACACACACACACACACACACACACACACACACACACACACACACACACACACACUAGCGCACAGCCUUGCCUACUGUGUCUCCACAGGCUGGCCAUAUUGGGGACCCCUGGCCUUUGAGGCUUGGCAGGGUACAUGCUGCUUGGGGCAGGACGAGGCUCAGCCCAGGCCUAAUGAAAUGCGUACAACUGGGCAAAGGGUCGCUCCUGGCCCUGUCCCAGCACCCCUGAUUAAAGCACAGAGCUUCAAAGAGAACGAGAAAUGAAGAGAGAGAGAGCGAGAGCGAAAGAGAGAGAGAGAGAGAGAGACCUCUUACCCAGCACGAGAACAGGGUUGACUGCGAUUGGUUAGAUGUCUUGCCGAGGGUCUUCAGAGAGAUAGUUUGCACCACAUGGACUUCACAUGACCUGUUUCUUUUAAAUACCCUCUUUAAACGGGGUUGAGUAGAGUGUGGAGGAGGUGGGAUGUUUUUAAAAAGUGAUUGAAUGGUGGUUGGCGAUCUUUUUUUUUGUCUGCGCGCACCCCUACCUCUGUUCUUUUCAUGUGCUGUGCUACAUUAGAACAGAGAGAAGGGAAGAGAGUUUAAUAAUGCCCCAUGCAAAACAAUUCCACAUUGUUAAAAAAAAGAAGAAAAAGAUGGUAUGUCUUUUUUUAUUUUAAUGUGGUUAAAAUAUUGCCUUAAUUAACCGUGACUGUACAUUUUUAUUCUUCUCCUUUUACCCCCUCCUUUAUACCUCCUGUCCUUCUUUUCCUCAUUUUACUUUUUAUGUUCCCCCUCUCUUGCUGUCCCUACCCCCACUGUGAUGAAGAUGAACACCCUCGACAUGCUGUGCCGGGGUCAUGUGAGACCCUGUGCCGGCUCUGUUAUUUUUUGUGUUGUGCCGUGUUUCGGGAUCUCCUUGUCCCCUUUUGCACCUAUUGUGAGGGAAGAUGUACGUCAACAGUUUUUUUUCUCUGCACCUUAUUAAAAUGACUUCU